AUGGAGAAGUCGGAUUUGAAUACUAUCAGGAAGGUAGCGGACAAGGUUAUCCUUAAAUGGAGACAGGAUCGAGAGAAGAAGGAAGAGGAGCAAGAGGAGCAGGAGGAGCAGGAGGAGGAGGAGGAGGAGGAGGAGUAUAAUGCAUCUCAGCCAUAUUAUCCUGGCUAUCCUCAUCAAGGGGCAGCUGUUGCACCAACUCAGCAGACCUCCCAGGCAGGUGGUUAUUAUCAAGCACCUCCUUCCACUGCUCCUUACUACAAUGCAUCUCCGCCAUCUUAUCACACCUCCGGGCAAGGACAUGGUUAUCCUCAAUAUGGCUAUAAUCAACAAAGUUAUCCUCAAGAUGGCUAUGAUAUAUAUCAGCCACCAGGUUAUGAUCAACAUGGUUACCAUGGAUUGUCCCCAACUUCUCAAACUGGUUAUUGGACUCAACAACCUGCUCAAUAUGGAUAUGGAUAUGGAGAUGCUCAAUCUAGUUAUGGUUCUACAGCAGCUCAGCCAGGCUAUGACACCCCAUCUUAUGGUGCACCCCCAUUUGGUCAGCCAGGUUAUGGUGCUCCCCCAUCUGGUCAGCCAGGUUAUGGUGCUGCAGGAUACACACAGCCUUCUACAUAUUCUCUUGAUGGAGGGAAUGGAAACACUCACGGGGCAUAG